AUGAAUGACUUGCGCCAACGACAAGCACAUCAGCAGCAGCAACAGCAGCAGCAGCAAGUGAAUGGCAAAAUGAAUGAAUCCGCCUACCUGUUGCACCUUUUGACCAUCAUCGUUAUUGAGUAUUUGUAUCGUCUGUUCAUUCAAACUCCUGUUUCAGCAAUCAAAGCAUGGUCAAAGCAUCCCAUUUCACUGCUCGUCAUAUUCUUGAUACUAUUCCCUGUCUAUGUACUAACAAAAUGCUGUAUAUCCAUAUCAAGAUUCAUGAUCAAAAUCAUGGUGAUUCCAAGAGACAUUCGAUUUCUGUACAUUAUCAAUGUCUUUUUCACAAGCAACAAAGAACAACAGCGUCCGUCAUUAUUUGAUCUCGCUCAUAUGAAUGAUGAAGACGACGAAGACAAUCUCAACCGAUACCUGGAGCGAUGUAGCAUUUGCUUUGACUCUAAAUUGGACUUGUGCUUGGAAUACUGCAGAGAUCAGUUUUGUUUGGAAUGUUUUCAACGUUAUGUUACGGAUGUGGUUCAAUCAAGCUGGGGCCUCAGCGUAACAAAAAUCAGAUGCCCCGUGUGCAGAGUGUAUAUCCACCAGGCAGAAUGGUCGAAAUAUGUGCCUGCUGCAAUCACUGAACUCUACAACAAAUUCAAUCAACCAUUUCGAAGCUUUUCUAGAUGCUGUUCACAUUGUGAAACGGAAAUGGCCCCAUGUGAUUUUAAAAGGAUCUAUGAUAAAAAUCAAUCCAAAGUGAUAGCUGCCAUGAUAGGCAGCUUCCUCAGUACAGCCAGCUCAAAAUGCACUUCAGAUGAGCACCUAUUGAAGUUGAUCGAGUGCAAGGCUCAACAACAAUACUACGUGCGGCUGUUUGAAAAGAUGGAGUGGAGAAACUCGACCAUCAUAGAUAUCCACCAUCAAUUACUUGAGAAACUGCUGCAAACAUGCCAAGUAGUAGAUCAGACAACCAAGGCAAAGGAUAUUUCGCUCAAAAUACUGCAGCUUGAAUUGAGACCAGAUACAUGGAAGAAACUGCAGUUUGAUCACAUUUCCAUGUUUCCAGACAUGCGCUGUCCAACAUGUUACAAGAAAACGUGCUUGCAAUGCGGAGAAGAUAGCCAUCGUCAUGUUGCAACCUGCGAGGAAAACAUGAAGCAACUGAUACAACAAAAGGAAGAGACUGGGUCAAAUGCAGAUGACGUGCAAACACUGAAAUGGAAGAUGGAAAAUAGUAGAAAAUGCCCUAGUUGCUCCAUCAUGAUCAAUCGAGAUGAAGGCUGCAAUAAAGUGGAUUGUACAUUGUGUGGAUUCAGUUUUUGCUGGGAGUGUCGAUCAAUAUGGUCAGAGAGUUGCAGCUAUUUUGUUUGCGUUAAUGACAGAAACAAGCAAGCCAGCAAGAGCAAUUCUGUUGCGAAUUUAUCUAUAUCUCAAGGGGCGGGUUCGAUUGCCAGCAGUGCACCAAGAGCUGAAUUGGGUGUUCCUGAUAUACAAAUCAUUCAUGCUAGAAACAGCCAAUCGUAA